AUGAGUGUUGAAUUAGUAACUUCCGAAACAGAAUUAUUUUCAGAAAUUGAUCCAAUUGAUGAACAAAGCCCUCAAAUAUUAGCAGGUGAUUCUUAUAAUUUGUGGGAUGAGGCUGAAGCAUGCAUUAAUAAUUUAGACAUAAUUGUUUCGAUUGUCCCAGAUUUUCAUAUCAUAGAACAAAUUCGAGGUGCUAAUGUGCAUAAUGCAAAGCAUAAGCAAGUAGUUAGCAAGAAGGUUAAGUAUACAAAUAGAUUUGGGAAAAUAAGAAAGGCUUUAAAUAUCGCACUAAAUCUUGGAUGUGAAGAAGAAUUAAUAAAUAUGAUUACACGGUUUAUUGAUCAAAAAAAAUCUAUGACCAAAAAAUAUCAACAAUGA